GAAGAAGGAGCCGUCAUGGCGGCGAGGAGGAACUCUGGUUCAGUUCUGGUCUGGUUCCUGGUCCAGGUCCAGGUCCUGGUCCAGGUCCUGGGGACCGGGACCGGGACCAGCACCAGCACCGGGUCCGGGCUCCAGUGGGACCCCAGCGGGUACGUGCUGUACUGCCCCUGCAUGGGUCGGUUUGGGAACCAGGCCGACCACUUCCUGGGGUCUCUGGCGUUCUCCAAGAUGCUGAACCGGACGCUGGCGGUUCCUCCCUGGAUCGUGUACCGGCACCACGCGCCGCCGUACGGAAACGUCCACGUCCCGUUCCGUGAGUUCUUCCAGCUGGAGGCGUUGCUAGCUUACCACCGCGUGGUUAGCCUGGAGGAUUUCAUGGAGCAGCUAGCGCCGCGACACUGGCCCGCGGGCCGGAGGCUCGCCUACUGCUUUGAGACGGCGGCGCAGCGGAGCCCGGACAGGAAGUCCUGCCCCAUGAAGGACGGGAACCCCUUCGGGCCGUUCUGGGACCACGUGGGCGUGGACUUUGACGGCUCGGUUCUGUUCAGCGGGAUCUCCUUCGGGUCGUUCCACCAGAGCCAGUGGGUGAAGCGGUUCCCCCCGGCCCAGCACCCGGUCCUGGCGCUGCCCGGGGCCCCGGCCCAGUUCCCGGUCCUGGAGGAGCACCGGGCCCUGCAGCGGUUCCUGGUCUGGUCCCCCCGGAUGGAGCAGGAGGGCCGGGCCCUGAUGGAGAACCGGCUGACCCGGCCCUACGUGGGGGUCCACCUGAGGAUCGGGGUGGACUGGCAAAACGCGUGCCGGCUGCUCUCCUCCGGCGAGGCCGGCCCCCACUUCAUGGCGUCCCCCCAGUGCGUGGGCUACAGCCGGGCCGACGCCCCCCCCCUCACCAGAACCAUGUGUCUCCCGGACCUGAAGGAAAUCCUCCGGGCCCUGCAGGUCUGGGUGGACCGGACCGGGGCCCGGGCCGUCUACGUGGCCUCCGACUCCCAGACCUACCGGGAGGAGAUCCAGGAGAGGCUGGGGGCCCAGGUCCGAGUCGUGGCCCCCCAGCCCGACUCCCCCCAGCUGGACCUGUUCGUCCUGGGUCAGUCGGACCACUUCAUCGGGAACUGCGUCUCCUCCUUCUCCGCCUUCGUGAAGAGAGAGAGGGACGUGUGGGGGCGACCCAGCUCCUUCUUCGGGAUGGACGAACCGGGUCGGCCCAACCGAGGAGAGGAACUGUGAGCCCCACGGGUUUGAUUGGCACUUCACUGUGAAAGACAUCGGCCAAUCAGAAGAGUUCUAGUUCUGGUUCUGGUUCUGGUUCUAGUUCUGGUUCUGGUUCUAGUUCUGGUUCUGGUUCUAGUUCUAGUUCUAGUUCUGGUUCUGGUUCUGGUUCUGGUUCUAGUUCUAGUUCUAGUUCUGGUUCUGGUUCUGGUUCUGGUUCUAGUUCUAGUUCUAGUUCUGGUUCUGGUUCUAGUUCUGGUCCUGGUUCGUUGGUCGGAUGAGGAACUUCCAUGAAGAACUUCCAGGUUCUGACGGACCCGAAGCCUCGGGAUACUCCGGCCUAGUACUAGUACACCUGAGUACUCAGGUGUACUAGUACUCAGGUGUACUAGUACUCAGGUGUACUAGUACUCAGGUGUACUAGUACUACAGUGUACUAGUACACCGUAGUACUCCCCCCUGUCGCUGCUGAAGGUGAAAUAAGUCGUUUAUUUUCUAUCAAACCAUCUGAGUAAGUUUAUAUUUGUAUUUGUCAUCAGAACACAGUAAAGAAUCUCCCUGAUAAAAUACUCUGAAGUACUUUUAUAUCUGUAAAUAAAGAUCGA